GUUUCCUAUCGAAGAUCGACUGGAGCACGAUGAACGAUGAUUAUCGAAACGCUACGGCGGACGAUCUGUUGCCGAAAGAAAGGAAUUUCAACGACUCGUACUACUAUCCGUGCCCGAUGACGGAUCCCAGUAAGAAACAGUUACCGCAUCAAUUGCAGCAGCAACAGCAACAACAGCAACAGCAACAAUUAUUCACGUGCGCCCUUUGCGGCAAAAAGUAUACGUGGAUGUACAGUUUACGUCGACACCAGUUGCAAUGCGGGGACAAAGAAGCGAGGAACAAGUGCCACUUUUGCGCGAGAAAAUUUUACAGACGCGACAGGCUGAAAGAACACUUGUUGGCACAUCAUCCAGACUUGAUCUAAAGAUCAUAAAGGGAGAAAUUUGUAUUGAAUUACAUUUGUCGAAAGAUAAACACGUUUCAACACGUUGGUUUUUCUCUUUCUCUUUCUCUCUCUCUCUCUCUCUCGAACGAAACAACUUAACAAAGACACUUGGCAGCCGAGAAAAUUGUAUUUUUCUUGAAAAAUCUAUCGAUUUAAUAAAGUCUAUUGAUUAAUUAA